AUGAAUGCCCAGGCUGAAGCAGCUGUCCCGAACAAGUCUGAGCAGGUCUUGGACUCUUGGCGGUGCUCGCAGUGUAGCUUUGAGAACCGAUGCCUGCGGAGCACGCACGCGAGAGGAAGCUCGUUGGAGUGCUCGAACUGUCACAACGAUUACAUUUUCAACGUUUCACCGCGGAAGGUGGCGCACAAAUCUCUACUGGCGGCGCGCCCGUUGCAGUGUCGGACGCCGUACAGAGUUGGAAACGAUAACUUGUCACCGAACUUUAACGUUCGAUUGAACGAGUACUCUAUGCCCGGGACACCGCUGUACAAUCGUUUCUAUGAAUCUGUGAAGAAUGGCACGACGAGUGAUGUGGUGCUUGCUUUUCAUGGGACGAGUGUCAUGGCCUCAAAACUGAUUUUGAAGAAUGGUAUGAAUCCGUCGAAGCGAAUCAACACGCAGGGAGAUUGGUUCACGCUUGAUGUCAACUACGCGCUCACCAGGAGCAUCUGUAGAGAGGAUCACUGCUUGCAGUGGGGCGGGACGUCGACGUCGAUCCAUCACGAGAGCAAUUCGAAACACGUCGUGGUCAUUUGUUUCGCCGUUUACAUGCCGAAAACGAUCUACAUCGGUGAGCACAUCGUCUGCGUCAGUGAAAAGUGCAGCCUACCUAUAUCCGCGUUGGAAUUCCCGCGCGAGGCUGUCAACCGAAUGGUGGGUUAG